UUCUCAUGACCAAGAUAAAUUAGACCGAUGAUCUAAGCUGAUAUAAAGUCCCGUCUCGCCGACAGUGGAUCACUGUUUUUCCCGGAGUGGCGUGACUGAACAGAUGAAGAUUUUGGCAGUUCUGUGUGUGCUGGUGGUGGCGUCAUGGGCUAAGCCCAGUGAUGACCUUGCCACUAUCUUGACCUCUGAUCUUGACCUCAUGGCAAAGUACAUCAACUCCGUCGGCACAACAUGGAAGGCCGGUGAAAACUUCCGUCAUGUACCCAAGGAGGACCGCGUCAGUUACGCAAAAAUGAUGUGCGGUGUCCUGCCGACUCCAGAUCACAUGAAGCUCCAGGAAAAACAUAUGCACGUGCCCGAUGAUCUUCCAGCCACUUUUGAUGCCAGAACCCAGUGGCCUAACUGUCCAACACUGAAGGAAGUUAGGGACCAGGGAGCUUGUGGGUCAUGCUGGGCGUUUGGAGCUGUAGAAUCCAUGUCCGACAGGAUCUGUAUCAAGUCCGGAGGAAAGUCCAAUUUCCACAUCUCCGCCGAGGACCUGACUUCAUGCUGUAAAACAUGCGGUAACGGAUGUAACGGUGGCUUCCUCGAGGCAGCCUGGUCUUACUUCGAGAGGACUGGUUUGGUCACUGGUGGACAGUACAACACUAAACAGGGAUGCCAGCCAUAUCUCAUUGCUUCCUGUGAUCACCACGUAGUGGGGAAGGAAAAGCCUUGCGGGAAGUCCGAGCGUACUCCCAAGUGUUCCAGAACUUGUGAAACUGGAUACAACAACACGUUUGAGAAGGAUAAACACAUGGGAAUGGCUCCAUACUCCCUGAGAUCUGUGGAGAAGAUUCAAACUGAUAUUAUGACCAACGGACCGGUCGAGGCCGCCUUCACUGUCUACUCCGACUUCCUCACCUACAAAUCUGGUGUGUACAAGCACACAACUGGUCAGGCCCUAGGAGGCCAUGCCAUCAAACUCCUUGGAUGGGGAAAUGAGGACGGAUCCGACUACUGGCUUGUGGCUAACUCAUGGAACCCCGACUGGGGAGAUAACGGUUUCUUCAAGAUCCUGCGAGGACGUGACGAAUGUGGAAUCGAAUCACAAGUGGUUGCUGGUGAACCGAAACUCUAGAUGACGUCAUAGCGUCAUCCCAUCGCUGUAUCGUUUAUCUGUGAAUAUUUCAGACAUCUCUCUAACGUUGUUUGUUACUGAAUAAAACUUUAUAUUUCU